GCGCUCACUCCGUUGCAGCUUGGUACCUGUAUGCAUUCUUGGUUCUUGGAUUAAUUUUUGUGGGGAUUUUGCAAUCUUUUUUUCUCUCUUGCCCUUUUCUUGGGAAGGGAAGUCCCGCCGCCUCCGGAAGACUUUGGAAGCUUCUGAUCGUACGGGAAGGUGUUUUUCCCCUUCGGUUGGAUCUGGGCGCAUACUUUGCCUUUGGGGACCUUCCGUGGGGGUCCGUUGUGGAGUGCGGCUGCAUCAUGACGCUGGAAGAACUGGUGGCGAGCGACAACGCGGCUCAGAAAAUGCAGGCAGUGACCGCCGCGGUGGAGCAGCUGCUGGUGGCCGCGCAGCGUCAGGAUCGCCUCACUGUGGGGGUGUACGAGGCGGCCAAACUGAUGAAUGUGGACCCUGACAGCGUGGUCCUGUGCCUCCUGGCUAUAGACGAAGAGGAGGAAGAUGACAUUGCCCUGCAGAUCCACUUCACCCUGAUCCAGUCGUUCUGCUGUGACAAUGACAUUGACAUCGUGCGGGUAUCCGGCAUGCAGAGGCUGGCACAGCUCCUGGGUGAGCCCGUAGAAACACUGGGCACCACUGAGGCCCGAGACCUGCACUGCCUCCUGGUCACGAACUGUCACACAGAUACCUGGAAAAGCCAAGGCUUGGUGGAGGUGGCCAGUUACUGUGAGGAGAGCAGAGGCAAUAACCAAUGGGUCCCUUAUAUCUCUCUGGAGGAACGCUGACACCCUCUACAAACAUCUAAAGCAACUGUUGAGUUGCUGUCCCGUAAAAAAAUUAAAUAAAAUACAUAUUUGACCCCUCCCCCCUCAUCCCCAAGAACAAUCCCUCAAAAGCCUCCCUACCCGUGAGACCUUCCGGGAGGGGCGGAGUCACUGAGACUGAGAUGUGAGGGGAGUGUGCGCCCGCCGGCUCUCAGGGCGGUGGAACCAGGAGCAGCACCGCAGGUGGUCGCCGAGACAGGAAGGAGGGGAGCCCAGGCCGGAGAAGGAGACUGGGACAUUGGAGCCCAGGCCUGGAGAUCCUGCAGCCAGGCUCCGCACCCAGCCGCAGCCGGGAGCGCGGAGGGUCUGGACUGACGCCGCAGGGAGGGGUGAGGCGUCCCCGAUGCUGCGGGACAGUGAACUGUGCACAGCGGAAGGAAGCGACCGUAGCCGUGGGAGCCGGGACGAACCCGGGACUGCGACUCUGACACAAAUCUAUUUUGUUGUUGUGCUGAGCAAGACAGGUCGCUUGCGUAUUUUUUUAAGUUUCUACAGAGACAUUCUAAUAAACUCGUUAAGCCUC